AUGACGCCGGGCGCGGCACGGCGCCAACUCUCCCCUCCCGACUCCCGGAGCGCAGCCCGGGCGGCUGCCGCUGCCGUGGCCCGGAACAAGAGCAGUCCCGCCCUCCGCCGGCCCGACCGAAGAGAGGACACCCAGUCGCCAGGACGGCAAGGCCGCGGCCUCCAGCCCCCGAGCCCUGAGCCCCACGCACGACCCUCCCUCCACCCCGUCGCCCGAGCGGCGGGACCCCUGCCCGGCCCAGCACUCUCCCUCCUGCGCUGGGAAGAAGGCAGCAAAGCUCCCACCACCCAGCGCGGUACCUGGGGCUGCCGGAGCUUUCGUGGCUCACGGCGCUUCGGGCGGGGCCAUCCCUUAAAGGGACAGGCACCCGCCACCGCCGCACCCGAGUGCCUUAAAGUGACAGAGCCCCGCGGGCCAACAGCUCCCGGAGAAGUGUCCCGUCCCGUGUCCUUCCCGUUGCUCGGCGGCCACACGCCGAUGCCCCUGGAGCUGCGACCGAGCGGCUCCAGCUCCUCCUCUCCAGGCCGAGCAGUGGGGUGGCUCUGGCGCUGCUCCUCUAGCUGCACGCCUGCCGGCCUCGUCCCGCCCUGCCCUGCCUCGCCUUGCCUUGCCCUGCCCUGCGCAUCUCUUCGCCCGCGGAGCAGCAGCUUUCGCACGCUGGGCAGCCACGGUGGCGGAGAGGACGGGCAUGCCAGCUUUGCCAGUCCCUGCUUCCCGCCCAUGGAGAGAAGCGCUGGGUAUAGGUACAUACACUGCACAAAUACACAUAUAAUGAAUGCUCUAAUCUACCAUUAAAACUGUCACGGAGUUGCAUAUAUUUAGAGUAGCCGAUCUGCCACGGUGUUGGUGCCCCGUUCGCUUGCUCAUCUCGGUUGAACUGUGAUUUUUGCCCCGACGGUGACUGCAGCCCAACCCACAGCAGUGCGUGGGGCUCCAGCCUAACCAGAGAGUCCUUACACAAGCAGGUGGAGAACAAGACGUUCUUGUUUAUCAAGAGCUGGUGGCUUUGGGACUUCUGUUACUUGCUUUGG